CCACAUAUGGACUUUAUCGUUUCAUCUAUGGCUAAAAAGAAAGACGAAGCUACAGCUAGAUUUCAAAAUUUCAGAAAUCAUAAUCAAACUCUUGCUCCAAAGAACAAUAUUCACAAGAAUUCGGAAGAAGAUAUCUCUUUCACUUAUUCCAGCAAAGAAGAGACCCAAAUAACCUGAUUUCUAAACUCACGAAUACCUCUAAGUUAUCAAAAAGGACAGCUGCGAAAGAAAGAAGAUAUUGACAAACUGUCAUCCUUUAUUUUCACUCAGAAUCUGAAUGCAUCAGAUGAAGACUCAGUGAGUGACACUCAUACCUAUACUAACGGAGAGUUGUCAGAGUCUUUUAGUAUUGGAAUUAAGGAAUAUGCUAAUGAUAAAGCCAAACAGGCUAAAGCAAGUCAGUUUUUGAAGAACCAACCCCAUUAUGAUAGCGAUUAUUCUUAUGAUCCAUCCCAGGGGGGUCAAGAUGAGAUAAAGCUCCCUCCCAAACCUGAUGGAAAAUUUUUGAGAAGGACUUCCAAAAAUUAUGAAGUUAUUCAAAGGUUUGUUAAUAAACGAAAGAAGGGCCUCAAGAAGCAGAAGUCUGUUAGAAUCAAUAAUUUAGUUUCUGUGCAUAGUCCAAAUGAUGUUUUCCUAGCUAUUGAUCCUAAGGAGGAUGGUAUAAAAAGAAGUUCAACUAGAUUCAACAACACUAAUAUUGGCAUAAUUCAGAAUAAUUCCUUCUUUAAUAAUCACAAUAAAUCUGGGAUGAGUGGAUUGUCAAAACAGAAGUCUAUCUUGAAAUAAACCUUCAAAGUUUGUUUCUCCCAAAAAUUAUGACUCUUUCUUUCAGAUAGAGUCUGAUCGGGAACAAAAAUUAUCUCAAACUCCAGAUAUUGCUCUCAAUAGAGAUGUAGCUAAUAUUGAGGUAAAAGGAUUAGAGAGUUUUGUUAAAGAGAAAAUGCAUCUGAAACCUCAACCAGAGCAGAAUGAAACAGAUUCACUUCCUUCUUAUGUUUCUGAAACUGCUAUUAGGGAAGAUAUGGAUAUUUCAGACCCAACACAAUCACGCUUUAUGGAAAAUUCUAAAUUUGAGGAACAAAAUGUCAGUUUUUCAAAAAUCGAUUCCUUGAAUCAUGAAAUAACACAACAAACUCAAGGAAAUAGCCCCUUAGACUUUAGCAGUAUCCCAACUAAAAUAUCUGGUCUCCCAACUAAAUUAAACAAAAACAAAAGUGAGAAAAAGAAGACUCCUCUCAAAACUUUGGCUGUCAACAAAAGCCUGAACAAAAUGUUAUCUAAGACGAUGGUCAAGCAAGACUCUCUUAAAAGUAAGAAGUCUCAAGAGAGCAAGAAGGAACAGACUGCAGAAAGUAAUAAGUUAAAUCCUCAGCUUACUCAGAUGUCUUCUAUAAGAAGAGCUAAGAAAAAGCGGAGAGGAGCUUUCCGAGCUGUGGCUAUUUUAGCUAAAGGCAAGAAGGAUUUGUCUACCAUUGGCACUGCUCCUAGCAAAAAUAUUUUAGAUUCUGCACAGAAUAUUCGGCCGAGUUCGGAACUGGAGGAAACUAAGUGCCGUGAAGGCUUGGGUGCGAGGAAGAAGCUCGGUCCAGCUCCUAUUAUUGAUAUUGAUGAAGAGAUUUUUAGGGAUAAGGAAAGAAGAGCACAAGAUAGCAUGAAGAAGAUUAAAGUAUUGAGAAAUCGUGGAUUAGAUGAGUAUAAAUAGGGCAGCAAACCCACACCAGAAGGAAUUUAGAAAUGAAGUAGAUAUUUAUGAUUAUUCAAAACCUUUUGUGUCGCUGAACAACAAGAUCGCAAAAAUUAAUCUUAAUAGUUUUGAGUCCCGGAACUUCAGAAGUCAGUUCAAUCCUUUGAUAUUUGGAUCAGAAUUUUAUUUCACUGAAAAAAGCUUAAAAAUGCAUAAGCCUGCCCAAUAUCCAUUUUUAAAGUAUACAUUCGAUUCUAAUAACAGAAAUUCUUUGGCUAUAUCUAGACUCGGCUUGAGCCAACAAGACAUAGCAAACGUUCUUGCUCCGAUCGAAAAUUCAAAAAUCCACAAGAACUAUUUAUCAAACAUCCAAUAAUGCUCCAAAUUUACCUAAUAAAAUUGCAUCC